AUGCGCCUAUUAAACGUCUAUACUUUGCGAUUAGAGGAAUUUAACGAGAGCAAGGCACCUCCAUAUGCCAUUCUUUCGCAUACGUGGGGCGAAGGUGAAGUCAGUUUUGAUGACAUCCAAGAUACCUCGGGCAAAUACACAAACAAAGCAGGCUAUGAGAAGAUUCAUAAAACCUGCGAACAGGCCAUUAAUGAUGAAUUUAACUACGUCUGGAUUGACACCUGCUGCAUCGACAAAAGCAGCAGCGCCGAACUCUCGGAAUCGAUCAAUUCCAUGUUUCGUUGUCACUGGUUCACUAGAGGAUGGACACCGCAAGAGCUGCUGGCACUGCGAAAGGUAAAGUUUUUCGGAUCCGACUGGUCGCUCUUUGGAAACCGGGCAGAACUGAGGGAGGAGAUCAGUAAAGCCACGGGAAUCGACAGGAUGGUUCUUUGUAACGGCGAAGUCAGUAACCCGAAUGCUUUUGGCCAUGGUGACGGUGAACAGCUCCCAUCGCUUUCCAUCGAUAAAGCAAAAAGUACAAGGCUGGAGGAUAUGGCGUACUGUCUUUUUGGCCUGUUUGACGUCAACAUGCCCUUAAUAUACGGAGAAAGCCAGAAGGCCUUUGUCAGGCGACAAGAGGAAAUUAUGAAACGCUACAACGAUCAUUCGAUUUUUGCCUGGAAUAUCCAAACGCAAUCUGGAUCUGUCAAUGAAUCCGAAAGCAAUGUGUCAGGGAUCGGGGUUCUAGCCCAUUUCACCAGCUGCUUUCAAAGGUUGCGGAUCUAUUAUAUCCUUUCCAUUCUGUAG